AUGAACACCAAGCUGACAAAGGAACAAGGUAAUGUUGUUAAGUUCGUCUCAACUGGGCAUAACGUGUGCAUUUUCGGAAAAGCCGGCGUUGGGAAAACAACGGUUGUGGAAAGCAUCAUUAAAUCUCUGACGGCGAAAGGCUUGAAAUGUCAAAUUGUGUGUUCGACUGGGAUUUCAUGCGACGCAUAUCAUGGUUUAGCAAAGACUGUACAUUCACAUUAUGGAUUACAGACAGCCGAACUUCCUGCCAAUUCGCUAAUUAGCCGUUCUUUAGGAAGAAAAAACGUCUUGUUGCAGAUUGCAGACACGAACGUACUAAUAUGGGACGAGGUAUCCAUGACGAGCCACCGCAUUUUUCAUAUCGUUAAUGCCAUUCAUCAUCUGGUUUCUAACAAUGACCUGCCAUUCGGAGGAGUGCAGGUUAUCCUUGUCGGAGAUUUCUGGCAACUGAGACCUGUUCCAAGUCUUCUCGAUCCUGGAAAAUCUAUCAUUUCCUCGCAGCUUUUGGACAAAGUAUUCCCACAUCGAUUCGAGUUGCAGAGAGUAUUGCGGCAAGGGGAUGAUGAAGAUAAGUUAAAACAUGCUUUAGAUCUUCUACGGGAAGGUCAAUGCGAUGACGAAGUAGAGCAAUAUCUUCAAAGCCUAUCAAGAGAUUUGGAUUUGACCGAUAUGCUUCCAGAGAAGAUCGAUAUAUAUUUCAAGAAACUACCAGUUGAGAUCCACAACCUAGAUGCCUUGGCGAAACUUCCUGGAGAACUUACAAUCUUCGAAAGCAAGGACACUGGUAACGCCCGAUAUUUGGAGAAAACCAUUAGUCAAAUUCUAGCCGUGAAACCUGGAUGCAAAGUGAUACUUCUCUACAACAUCAACGACCAUUUGAAAAAUGGAUACCGGGGCGAGUAUGUUGGCAUCGAUGAAGAAAAUGAAGAACGCCUUAUUGUCAAGUUCCCUAACGUAGGUAAUGUCGCCGUUGCUCGUAGAACGUGGUACAAUUUCGAUAUCAAUGGUAGGACACAAGGCAGUCGUACUCAAUUUCCACUCGCGCCUUGCUACGCCAUCACAGUACACAAAGCGCAAAAUACGACAUUGGGAAAUGUAGUUGUGCAUUGUUCGCAAGAGUUUGUCCCGGGUCAAACUUAUGUUGCGUUGUCAAGAGUCACCAGAGAAGCAUCACUUCAAGUACUUGACUUCCGAAGGAGUUUCCUUUUACCACCUCCCCUAGAGUUAUCUGAUUUUGAGUCGAAUAACAUGGGAACCCUCGACGAACAGUUUGGUUGCUGCAAUGGCAUGCACCUGGCCGAGAAUUUAUUUGAAUGUGAUAAAGAGUGCGAGACAGAAUUGAUAGAGAUGAACAACCUGGUUCAUGAUAACGAUUUUCCUUCCGCUGCUUCUUCCUAUUUCGAAUCUAACAGUGGUGUGGUUGUCAACCUGGAAGAUGUCUUACUAUGUAUGUCCGACUUCAGAGAUGAACUGUCAAAACCUCCUUCGUCCUUCAGCGUGAAAGCCUUCUUGGACAAAUUGAUCAACGAUGCCAAUGAAGAUCCCUACAGUCAAUCCGUUAAAUCUGCAGCAAAAUAUGGGGCCGAUUAUUUAGAUGAUUUUGAAUUAUUAGCUGUAAUAUUUUGGUGCAGAAUUUACGAACUAUUUGAAAAUUACCUGACGGAGAAUCUGGAAGUACUACAAAUGACAAAUAAAGAUUUCACCUGUACCACAUCCAAACUACAACUUCUUUUCUUGUCCCAGGAAUAUCGAAGCGACCUGAUUAGUGCGUAUAAUGUUAAGAAAUGGAUUGAAAUUGAUGACGGGCAAAGAAGCGUAGGUGCUCUGCUUCUCUUCCAACUGUUUCAACUGUUUGGAUCCGAGGUUGGAAAGCGUGUCCGAAAAGAAGAAGAAUGUACACCAAUACGUUUCAACGUUCAAGAAAUGGGACCAGACGGGCGUGGAAAAGUACGGUAUAUUGGAGGAUGGGACAUCAGUAAAUGUCUAAAAAGAGCGCGAAGCUACGUAAUAGAAAAUAAAUUGUCCCAGUCAACGAAUGUUCGCCUCAAAAUUCACAAAGAGAUGAAGAAAAUCAACCUGUUAGAAAACUACGUUACACUACCACACGAAGCCGCCCAACUUUCAACUGCAAAUCCUGAAAGCCUUCGCGUAGUCGAGUCUCGACAAUACAGAAAACGCGGUCUGAUCCACAUCAACGAUGAUGCAUUCGAUUUCUUUCUGGCAUUGGAACAAGAACGAGUUGAUAAAAUCAACAUUCAAAGGUUGUCAUCUCUACAAAACGAUAUGAUUGAUGACUCCAUCGUUGAAGCUGUAAGCAAUUCGACACUGGAAACCGCGUUUUUGAAAUUGUUCGAGCUAGAUGCAGAUGCAAACAAGGUAUUUACACCAGUGGGGGAUACUGUAUAUAUUUAUAAUAUAGCAUUUGCGAAUUCUGAACGCCGAUUGGCUAAGAGCCGUGUUGAUAUAACUCAAUGUCAACACGGAAAAUUUCCCGCCGCUCGUAAAAGUUUUUAAAAUUAGUGUUUUCCUUUAUUUUUUGUGCUAUAUUAUUAAAAAAAAUAAAACAUUUUCCGUGUUGAUAUAUAGUUAUAUCAACACUCGUGGAAAUUGGAAAAACUCGAAACUGUGUGAAAACACUCCGCGCUUCGGGCGUCGUACCUCCACACAGUAUAUAGCUAAUUCGAUAAAGGUUGUCCUUUGUAAACCUUAAACUCUGAACCUUAAACAUUCGACUCUAAGUGCAUGCGCAAAGCAUAUUGGGCGUACGAUUUAAUCAGUUCAGAGACAUGGUUAAUAUCUGGCAAUGAAAACACUUCAUUCAAAAGUCGUUGCAAUAUUCAACUACUAAGCAGGGGCGUAGGAACCUUCGAAAAGUUGGUGGGGGGGGGGCAGGCUUUGAGGGGCACUUUCCGAAAAAAGGGCAUCUAGAAAUUAUUUUUGGCGACCUCCCCCCUAGGCGCAGAUUCCAGCCGUUGUGUUCUCGGUGGCGAGAACACAACGGCUAGAAUAUUUGCCGGAUACAUUUCUUGCUAAAUACGAAAAAAAUUUUCCGCACACACCGAAAAAUUUUCCGUAAAGAUGAUAUUUUUCCCGGAAAUUAAAACAUUUUCCCGGAAAUCAAACAUAGUUUGAAGUUUUCAAAAGUGCACUUUGGGCCAAAAAUCCAAUUUUAAUGAAAUUUUUUCACGCUGAAAAAGGCUACUUUGCUCCUGGAAAAAGGGCCCUUGCCAAAACUUGGGGGGGGGGGGCUGCCCCCCCUCGGUUCCUACGCCCCUGCUACUAAGGUUGAAACUUGUGCUCUUAUUAUGCUUUGCAUGCGCGCUUAGAGUUUAAGGUUAGUUUAAGGUUAGGUUAAGGUUUGCAGAGGACAAUCUUUUUUGAAUUAGCUGUGUAUAUACAGUGUAAAAUAAUAUUUUUUUCUCUUUGUGAAUAGAACGUCAUUAUUGAAAUUUAUAAAGAGAUUAUCGAAAGAUAUUUCAAGAUGGGUGCAGGGCAGUUCUUACGCGAUUUUCGGAGAGAUUUUCACAUAAAGAAAUCUCUGGCACAUCGAGAGGCAGUUUUGCAGAAAAAGAAAAAAGCGGAGGAAAAGCGACUGAAAGUUCAAAUUCCAGAAAUUGAACAGGAUCGAAGUAAGGGCAAGAAAGUCUCCCACAUGCGUUUACUGGACCUUGUACACAAAUUAGGAAGUGAAGGCAUUACACGUCUAUACAGCAAAAAGGAGUUGCAGCAUCUAUGUGCUGCAUACAACAUCCGCUCCGUUUCCAGAUGGAAUAAAAUGAAAUUGGCAUCGGAACUUGCCCAAGCAAUCCCUCGAUUUGAUGUUGUUCCGUGUCAUGAAAUCACAUCGACCUAUACCGUUGAUGUUGUUAAUGACCGUUCUAACGCGAUUCCUGUAUUAAGAAUUCGCAGACUGUAA